AUGGAUGCCAGCUGUAUUAUCCUGAGCUGCUUGUUGAUGAUCCAAAUGGCCAUGGUACUGACUAUGCUGAAUCCUAUCUACGAUGUGACGAAACUGACGCAAUUCAUAAAUGAUGUGACCAAGUCUUACAGACGAACAUAUUUGUUCUCCAUCGCUUUCUAUUUUACAUCUGUUCUAUACCUGGGAAUGUACAUUCCUCUGCAGAGUAUUCACAAACUGAUAUUCACCGUUAACCUUCAUGAAUACGACAAGUUGACUCUGCUGCAUAAUGUGGAGAAGAACUACCUUACUGCUGGUUUCUCCCUUUUCCUGGUCGUUGUGAUAUACGGCGUAAGAGCACUACUUUCUUACACUGCCAGUUUAAGUGUUCUUACUGAGAAGGAAAGUCACCAUUCAGUGGACUGCUCCAAGGAAAAAACUUCAAAUAAGUUAAAUAGCAAUCUCUUACCUAAACUGCUGAGAGUAAAGAGAUCAAUAUCAUACGAAACAGUAUUUUUCACAAACGAACUGAGAGAACAACUCAAGCUUAUUAUCAGGAACGUGGAUUUUCCCCAUGACAAGACCGCACUUUCUAGUCUCCUUGGAGCAAAUAGAAGUUCUAGCCUGUGA